AAACGAAAGGUAAUAACUUCGGGUUUCCAUGGUGUCUGUAAACCCUAGCCAAGCUCAUUGUUUCCCCAUGAACAUGAACUUACCGGGUUUUAAUACUCUUCCCCACACGGCAGCGCCGGCGACCAUGAUCCCGGUUUCCGUACGGAACAAUACGAUGUCGUUUUGUGAGGAUCCAACAAAGAAGAUUAGAAAGCCUUACACAAUCACCAAGUCUAGAGAGAACUGGACGGAGCAGGAGCACGACAAGUUUCUUGAAGCUCUUCAUUUGUUUGAUCGCGAUUGGAAAAAAAUCGAGGCGUUUGUUGGAUCAAAAACAGUUAUCCAGAUACGAAGCCACGCACAGAAAUACUUUCUCAAGGUUCAGAAGAAUGGGACUAACGAGCAUCUCCCACCUCCUAGACCAAAGAGGAAAGCAAAUCAUCCUUAUCCACAAAAGGCUUCUAAAAGUGUUGCUCUUACAUCUUCAAACGCAUUGCUUGAACAUGACUACUUGUACAGCACUGAUUCACACCCAGUCAUUAGUACUCCUAAGCAUGAAUUAAUGCGUCGCGAUGUUAUUACGUCAAAUCCAGUAAUCAAAGAGGAAUUGGGAGUCCCUGAGAACAGUUGCAGCACUAGUAUUCGUAGAGAUAAGCAGAAGACCCGAACCGUUACAGAGAUAAAUGACCAAGGAAGUUGUGAAAAGCCACACAGAGUGAUGCCAAAUUUCGCUGAAGUUUACAGCUUCUUAGGAAGUGUAUUCGAUCCAAAAACAACAGGUCAUGUCCAGAGAUUAAAGCACAUGGACCCAAUAAAUCUAGAAACGGUGCUCUUGUUGAUGAGAAACUUGUCUGUAAACCUGACAAGACCCGAGUUUGAAGAACAGCGGAGGUUAAUAUUAUCAUACAACGCCAAUUAGAGAAUAAGUGCAGUGAGAAGUGAGAGGAAAAAACAAAUCGUUGCUCUCUCUAUCAGCCUAAACUGUGGAGUUACGCGCCCAGUACUUGUAUAUACACGUCAAGAGUGUGGAAAUUUUGAUCUUAGGAGAUAGUUAAAGUCUGUGUAGAAAAGACAGUUAUUAGGGUUUGUGUUGUAAUGUUCAAUCGCUACUUCAAGUUUUUUAUAGUCUUAUAAAGAAUGGACUAUGACAUUACUGGUUUUGUAAUGCUUUGAUGUCUCUGAGUUGAUAUAUAUAAAAUUCUGUUUUGUUGUGUU